GAAACCCAUAUAUGAUACAGAUUGAAGCAAAUUGGUGUUACUCGAAACUAUAGAUUUGCAAGAUUUGAUCCUGAAAGAAAGAGUCGAUUUGACUCUUGAAAAGUCAAGUGCUAAUUAUGCUGAAUAUUUUUCUUCUUCUUCUUUUUUGUUCCGUUAUUCUGCCAACCAGCAGGAACCAAAAACCAAAAUAAUUAUUGGCCUCUGGAAACAACGAGAGAGUAGCAGCCAAAGCAAAGGCAUUGACAAAACUCCCCCUCGUUCACUUGUUUUGUAGUAUCAGCGGUACCACUAAAAUAUCAACAGCCACUUCUGGCUAUCUUUGUGUCGUGUACCCAUUACAAGAUAAUACAGAUACAAAUUACAAAGUACAAAUACUUUUAAGAGACAAAAAGGUGACACUGAGAGAUUAGACAGUAAAAAAAAGAAAAGCCUAAAAAGAUUGCUGCCAUAUCCCAUUAUCAAAUAAUUAAUUCGUUCAAAGAUCCACAGGAGAUCCUGAGACAUAUUUUUUUAAUUAUAAACGUAAACUGAUUAGGAAACAGGGAGCUAGCCAUUAGUCCACUAGUGGGACAUGCAAAUUUCUACGUCGGCAUGGGGAAAUAAUUGGUGCCCAGAACCGGGGAUGAGAGACUCCAGAGAAGGAGCAAAUCGGUCAAUUCGAACACACAGUUCAUUAAUACAGAAGAAGAGGUGAAAAGCUCACCAAAAAGCUUUUCAUUGUUAAUAAGUUUCCACGGGUUGGCUUCCAUUAUUUGGCGUUGAGUUGGUGGGGUGGGAUGGGAUGGAUGUUGCAUGGUGGUGGUGGCAAACCCAACUUGCUAAAAAAGUUGAUCUCGGGUAGACCGGGUCGGUCGAUUUUGUCGAAUCAUGAUCUGAGUAUACGCGGUUGAACUCGUAUUAUUAUGUUUGGGAAUUAGACAAGGUGUCCCCAAUUCAAUGGAUUGACUAUGUGUCGUGUGUAUGGUUGAUUGAGCAGAACUUGUAGCGACGCUUUAUAGAGUAGGUAUUCAUAACGUUCGGUCUGUAAAUAGACACAAACGAACGUUACUCGUUGCAUAUGUUCUGAGGAUAAGCGACAUUCGGUGAGCUUUCAAUGAACGAUUUGGUGAUUGAUGAUCGCCACUUCAACCCUUCUGAUAAUCAACAAGAAAGCAAACGACUUUGCUCAGUAUCUCUGGUUUGAGAUCGAAUUAGGUUACUUCUGCUAAGUAUCCGAAACGGUUAUAUGAUCGUUUGAUGCACGAGUGGCCAGGAUUGUGCAAUGGAGCAUUCAGCAAAAGGGGUGGUGGGGCAGAGCGACCCAUCAUUUCCCCGUCCAGUUGGCCCGAAUGCGGUCUCCCUCUGCCCUUCCCUUUCCUACUCUGCUUAUAAACUGUUGCCUCUGUUCCAAUGCCCAAUUGCGAAAUUGCUAAAAACAAAUCACUACCCACCAACGAACUUCUUUCCCUUUUAUCAGAUUUAGCCCUUCUUCUUCUCCGUCUUCGUCUUCUUCAUUUCCCACUGAUAACAACACUGCCACAACUGUUACUGGGUUACUAAAAGUAGUAGCUUUGCCCAUCAUUGCCCACAACACCUCUAUUUAGCUCCUUCCUAGUCCCUUUCUCCAUUUGUCGAUCACCAUCCAACGACAAGUUUGGUUUCCCCACUGCCCUUUCUAUCUCUGUGUAACAUUGGUCACUACCCAUUACGUGCUUCGUCUUCCUUUUCCCUUUCUUGGCUUGCAUAAAACCUGUUCGACGAAAUGCCUCAACCACGACGAAAUACAGAGCAGGAAAGCAGCUCCAACUCUUUCUCAUUCUCAUACUCCUCUUCGCCUCCGCCGCCUUCCCCAAUCAAACAACAACACCUGCGGCAGAGGAAUUCCCAGCGGCAGGAGCAGGAUAAUCACGACGAUGGAGACUCGCCGGAAUCUUCCAGCAAGAAGAUGAAGCGGAUACGGGACUGCAGCAAGCACCCGGUGUACAGGGGAGUCCGGAUGCGGAGCUGGGGGAAAUGGGUAUCCGAAAUCCGGGAGCCCCGCAAGAAGUCGAGGAUCUGGCUGGGCACUUUCCCGACCCCUGAAAUGGCGGCGCGCGCACACGACGUGGCGGCGCUCUGCAUCAAGGGCAGCUCCGCCAUCCUCAAUUUCCCCGACCUCGUCAGCUCCCUGCCCCGGCCCGCCUCCGUCGCGCCGCGCGACGUCCAGGCAGCGGCGACCAAGGCCGCCCUGAUGGACGAGUUCGACGGGAAGCGGAUGACGGACGAAGAUUUCUCCUCCUCCGCCGCCGUGGCGGCGUCGGCGUCGGCAUCUUCGCUGUCGUCGAUGGCAGAGGAGGAUGAGGAGGGGUUGAGCGAGAUUAUCGAGCUGCCGAUACUGGGCGAUUUGGGGGGCGAGCUGAAGAGUGAGUUCGUUUUUGCUGACUCGGUGGCGGACGGGUGGCUGUACCCGCCGCUGUGGGCGCCGGACGACGGUGGUGGUACGGCGGGUAGGUAUGUUUGUGGUGGUGACGGGAACGGAUUUGGGGAUGGAUUGUUUUGUAAUUAUUAUUAAAAAAAAAGAGUAAUGGUGUUUGCUGUGACGUGUCCCUGUGAGAAUGUCGCUAUCGACGGCCUUUUUUCCCCUUUUAUUAUUUUCUUUUUUGUUACUGUCGUUUCUUUCCCUCUUUUUGUUUUCACUCUUCUUUCUCUCUCUGACACGAACGAUAUUUUUAGCCUCUUUUUGUGGUUUUUUUAGAAAGGGGCUAAAAAGCUGUACAAAGGAUGGGGUCACGUGUUUCAUGUGAAUAUAUAUGUGAAUGUGAUCGUUGUUGUAUGGAAAAUGGUUAAUCAUAGCGUUACAAAUAUGAAAUAUCGUACACAUUGUUGAUUAGGAUGUGUAAAUGUAUGAGAUUUGCAAAUAAUAAUGACGUUUUUUGUGUUACUUCAAAUCUAAAAUGUAAUGAGAAUGAUAUCAAUGUGUAUAUUUUUGCUCUCUUUACAAUAAUAUUUUAUGUCUUUGAUUAAACUGAAUGAAUUCAAGACCAUUUAUUGGAUUCGGCUGGUUAGUGUUCAUCGUUGAACAAAAUAACUCAAACCAAAUUGACAAGGUAAAAACCAAAACCAAAAUCACAAAUCGGAAUUUAAUUAGUUUGGUUGAUCGGCUAUCUUGUUUGCCCAAAGUAUAGCAUAUUUUGUCAUCCUACUUUAAUCAUAGAUCUUUUAUUACCCACCAAAGUUGCCAUAAUUAACAAUUAGUUUUUAAUCAUCCACCAAAACCAUCAUUAGUAUCCCUUGCAACCUCCAUCAUAUCCAUGUAGCUAUGCUAUGCUAUGCUAUAAAAAUAAUAAUAUCCAUGUAGCUAAUUGGUUUGACCGGUGAGUAGGGUUUAUAAUCAGACCAUAAGGAUUUUGUAAUCUUGAACAAGAAAAAUCUCGAUUAACCGAAUAAAUCAAAUCAAACCAGCCAAUCUUAAUACACAAACUAAUUACUAUGAUACUAGAUUCGUUGGAAGUAUACGUGAUUCAAAUGAACUCGUCCAUACCAGACCAAAUCAGGCCGCAUCUAGUUCUCUUGUAACGGACAUCAAUUCAUGUGACUACUGUAGAGAGUUUGACGAAAGAGGGCUUGAGGCCUUCAUAAAUGGUGGGUUUUCAUUUUGGUUGGUGGAAAUUAAACUUCACUUAAAUCUUUGCUCUUUUUUUUUCCCCCCCCCCCCUCUUUAUGCUACCGCCAUUGAAACGAUAGAGAGAGGGGCAAAGAGAGUAGUAGUACACAGAUACAGCUAGGUGGUGUCUGUUUUCUUCACUUUCUCAUCAAGAAAAAAAGUGCCUCCAGACUUCCAUCAUGUAAGAUCCAGAGUCUCUAGUGGCUGAAAAUGCUUUGUCUUUUAGUCUUUACUAAGCAACAAAUUCGUGAAGAUCAAUGGUACAACAGAACAAAUUGGCCAAGCUAGGCUAUAGCUUCUCAGAGUUGAGGGGCUUUUCUCAGGACAUGCUCAAAUAUCUAACAUACCGUGCAUAAUUCUUGAUUAUUGUAUAACUAGAUUUAAGUUUUCUAUUUUAAGUGGUAUGAAGAGUGAUAAAUGGGUAGAUAUUUCUACUAUCAUGUAUAUAAUUAUUUUAGACUACGGUGUAUUCAUAGCUUCAUGAUAUAGUUUCAAACCACAUGGUAUAAUCUUUUGUAUCCUAGUAUUACCACUAUGGUAUGGACUAGUAAUAAAUAUCUCAAUUUGUUUCUGUUCCAAAGUAUAUCAAACUCGUUGUCAUUUUAAAAAGCACGAUUUAAUUUGUGGAAAAAAAGGUUAUGGCUUAAAACAAUAGAGUAAUAGCUCGUUAAAAUUAAUUGAAAAAAUUUAGUUAUCUUCCAAAAAUGGUAAGUACGUAAGGUAAUGCAUGGUUAUUGAUGGGUAGGUUAUGAGCGGGAUUCGUUCCCUAGGGCGAGAGAUAGUUAGAAAUAAGCCGAGUUUUCUUUGAGACAUAAACUUUUAGCAUGCGGAAUCGAUAAGUGAAUUUAGGAUAUUUUUGGAUUGUACAUAUAAUUCUCAAAUAAAACGUGUUAGAAAUAUUAUUAUUAAAACGAAACUCAUGAGUUUGAAAUUUGUACAGUUUUAUUGUACUAUGUUUCUUAAAUCAACCACUAAUCACAAGUAUCCGAACACUAGAGUUCUUGAAUGAGUCGGUCAAAAAUCCAUCAGUAUCAUAACUCAAAUGAUUAAACAAGAGUGGCUGGCAAUGAUCAGUGUGUACGAUUCCCAGUUCGUAACUUGAAAUCGCUGCAAUAUAUAGAAUCACUCUCUCGCCGCUGAUUCUCUCUCUCUCGACCUCUCUCUCUCUCGAUGCCGAUGCGCCAUUAUUAUGUUGUUGAAGCCAGGAAAGCUCAGCAACGCAUAUUCUCUGUGCAUAAAAGCAUAGAAAAACGGGGCAGUCUAGGCACAAGUGUAGACGCGAUUGAAUAUAUUUCGACAUUUUUCAACAAUUCGAGUUAAUAUUACUCAUCAAUUCUAAUUCAUAUCAUUACCAAACAUCAUACUUGAUUGGUAUGAUUUGUGGAGAAGUCAGGGUUUAAAGCGAACUUUGUAAGGAAGUGGUAUAAGAUUGAUACUUGAAAGGAUUUUAACAACUCGAUGUAUAUAGAUUAACUUGUUCUAGAGAUAGUAUUAAAGUCUUCAACCAAAAAAUCUUGUGAUCAUGACAACUCCCAAUAUUAACAUUAGAUUUAGUUAUGAUGGAUAUGUACAAAGUUCAAACCACGAGCUGUAGCUUAGAAGUUGAGUAUCAUACCGUUAACAAACCCAUAUGAAAAAAAAUAACUACUUCUUUUGCUUUAGGUUGAAAAAUCUAUUUAAUACGAUAAAUUUCGACUCUUUUAAAUAUCUGACAUAUUCAUAAAAAUGAUUUAAAUGGACAAAUAUAAUGACUAUCAGAACUCGAACGUCAAAUCCUUCUCAAUUCAAGCCUACACUUUUAUCGAUCCCGUCAGAUGAUAUAAAAUUAAACCUAUUUUCUCCUUCGAUCGUGAACAUAUUAGUUGGUUCCGUAAUAUCGGAAACAAAUAACAGGCACAAAAAGGAGCACGUAUAUGGGGUAUCAAUUGCAAUUAUUGAACAAACACAAACAAAAGCUCCCUUAUUUCAAACAGGUCCAACUGAUGGUGACGAAUUUGUGUAGGAAUGAUUAUUAAUCAAUAAAUAAUUAUACGGGCAUUAAUCAUCGAGAUUCUGUAUUACGAUAUAUUACAAUUAAAAUAGUAAUUAAUUAUGCUAUUUGGCUUGGUCUCAUUUUUGUAUUAUAAAUUUAAUAUCUCACCCUAACAGUAUGUCUAUGUUGAUGCCAAAAGAGGAAAACAAGAUGAUGAUGAAAGGGAAGGCUUGCCACUUGCUAAUAAUGGAAGGGGGUUAAUCAUUAAUAAAUAAAAUUAGUUGUU